AUGGAGACCCCACUGAGGCGCAGCCGGCGGCUGGAAGGCCUAGCGCCGGACUCCCCCGAGGGGCUCGCCUCAGUCUCGCGGGCGAGACGGGCCCUUCUGACGCUCCAGUCGGGCCCAGAAGAAACGAGGCAGCCCAGGUCUCCUCGGAGUGUGCAACAAGGCGAGCCGGGGUCCCCCCGACGUCGGCAGGAGACGAGCCCGGGAUCGCCCUGUCUGCGGCAGGAUGCAGGCUUGGGGUCCCCCCGAGGGCAGCCGGAGCCGGGCCCAAGGACUCCCCAGCGUCAGCCAGGUCCAGGCCCGGAGUCGCCUCAAAAAGAACCGGAGUCGACUCCCGAAUCCCCCCGAUGUCAGCCAGAGCCAAGUGAGGAGUCACCGAAGGUCACUGAGGGCCAGGAAGAACUGGCCUCGGAGUCGGCCCAGCAUGUGGAGAGGCUGACCCUGGGGGCGCCCCAGCACCCGCUGCAGCCGGGCCCAGGAUCCCCGGAACUUCACCCCGGACAUCAAGCGCCGGGCCUGGAGCCCUCGCCCCCACUGCAGGAGCUGACCCCCGAGGCCCCUGGUUCUCCCCAGGGGCGGCCCGAGUUAAGCAGGCCACUUCCAGCCGGGAAGCCGAUGACAGGUGGCCUCGGGGACCUCGGGACAAAGAAGCGAAAAGAUACUUCAGCCCGGGCCCCAGAGUCCAAGAAGUUGAAGGAAGAGAAGGAGGCGCUUCCUGUGAUCCCCAAGGGGAAGCCCAAAUCUGGGAGAGUGUGGAAGGACCGCUCCAAGAAAAGGUUCUCCCAGAUGAUUCAGGACAAGCCCCUGCGCACGACCUGGCAGCAGAAGAUGAAGGUGCGGCAGGAAAGGAAGCUGGCCAAGGCUUUCGCCCAGCACUUGGAGGAGGAGAAGGAGAGGCGCCGGAAGGAGAAGAAACAGCGCCGGGCCGAGAACCUGAAACGCCGUCUGGAGAACGAGCGGAAGGCGGAGGUCGUCCAAGUGAUCCGAAACCCUGCCAAGAUCAAGCGGGCGAGGAAGAAGCAGCUACGCUCCAUCGAGAAGCGGGACACUCUGGCCCUGUUGCAGAAGCAGCCACCCCAGCAGCCAGCAGUCAAGUUCUGAGCUCAGGACGCCCCGAGACCAGCAGCCUUGCGGGAUGCUUUCACUGGAUCUGGCCCUCCAACUCUGCGGCUUCAAGACAAGGACCCCACCUGGCCAGGACUCCAGGCCUUUGAGGGCUUGUGGUUGGGUUUCUGUGGAUAGAGGCCCAGAGGGGCCUGGGACCUGGCAGAGAUAGGGGAGGGAAGAGGUUCAGUCCCUUCCUCCAAGUGCCUUCAGACCAAGAACAGUAGAUUCUUAUAGUUACUCAGUGAGCUGGUGCCUGGAGGGAGAGUCCCUGAGGCCAGCGACCUGGAAUCCACCCACCACCUCCCAAUGCCCAAAGGCUGCUCUGGGACCUCUGUGCCCCCUGACCCUGUCAUCCUUAAACUGAAUCGGACUCCUCCCUGCCUUCUAACACUGUUAGAUUAAAAUGGGAGGUUGCCAGGGGCAAGAUUUCUCUCCAGCACCCCCUUUCCUGAACCAGACUCUGCAGAAGCCCCCAGGGUCUGACUAAAUCAUGCCCAUCCAGUCCACCAAAAAAAGUAUUUAUUGAGUGCCUGCUAUAUACAAGCACAAUUCUAGGCUCUGGGGAAUACAGACAAUAGACAAGUCCCUGACCUCAGGGAGCUUUCAUUCUGAUGGAAAAACAUAAUAAACAAGUACAGUGCA